AUGAAUGUACUGAUAUAAUGUACAGUGUAGUAAACACUGAACUGUACAGUAUCAAUUACACUCUUUGUUUACAAGUCUGUCAUGCAAUCUGGUUAUUUGGGUGAUUUAGCUGAUUGAUGACACACCUCACAGUCACUCUAUUAGUUUCUGAUGACCUUGGGCUAGUUGUAACUCCUAUCUGAAUAAAGUAAAAAUUCCAGCAUGAAACCAAAAUACACUGGUGAAUAUAUUUCAGAUACCAGAAAAAGGAGAAGAUGGAAAAAAGCUAAAUUGAAUCAGCUUAGAAGAGAGAUUAAAGAACUUGGAGAGAGGGCUGGCAUUCCAUUUGUUGUAGCUUAUUAUGACAAUGGGUCUGUGAAUACAAUAAGUAGCACACCAGCCUUAGCAAGCUUGGGGGAAAAUCCUGAUGUACGUGAGGCCUUAACUGUUUCACAUGUUAAAGAUAAUGCCUCAAGUGGCAGUGGAAAUGAGAAAACCUCAUUAACAGAUGAAGAUAUAAGAGAAUAUAUUGCUGACCUUGAGGAAAACUUGGAAGUGGACCCAAGCAAGAGGUACAGUGAUCACCUUAGGGUUAUGAUUACCGAAGUGGUCAAGCAUACUAACAAGCCAGCUUCUCGUAAACAAACAUGGUUGAAGAAGCCAUUCUGGUGGCCCACUGACAUUCCAUUUUGCAGUGUUAAUGGUUGUAAAGCGGCAAAUGUCACAUUUCCAGAUGGUCAUGUAGGGACAAAGGCCACCACAUUUCACCAUUCGCAGGAAGAACUGCAACAACUAUACAAGGCCUCUAAAAGAGUUUUUAAGGAGGAAGAUGAUUCUACAAAUAAAACUUCAUCAACCAUCUCUUCGCCAGAGGAACAAGGGUCACCUUGCCAUGUAUCUCCUGAAGAAGUUGAAGAUUCUACAAAAGAAAAUGGACGAGGGUCAAAUGCUGAAGUAUCCCCUAAAGUACAGAGAAAGGUACUUGUUCAUUUAGAACCUGGGGUAGAUCUGUACCAAACAGAUCUGGAUAGUGUACUGCCAGGCGAGACUGCAACCUCUAAUAUAAUGGAUUUUCAUAUUAGGUUUCUUAGUGGUUGCUUGGAACUUCCAAGUAGGAACACCAGAACCUGCAUUUUACCAACAAACCUCAUGGCAAUGAUCCUUGCAGGAGAUUACUCUCAGUUGAUUGGGGGCUUCAAUGGACCAGUAGAGGAUGUGCCAGUUAUGCAAGUCAAACAGGUCAUCCAGAUAUGGAACAAGAGGUUCUUGAGUCCUCCUGAGAGAAUUCUACUUCCUGUUUGUGAGAAUAACCACUGGUUUCUUCUUGAAUACCAAAAGGCUGACCAUUCCAUUCAUGGAUAUGACUCAUUGGGUCAGUCAGCUACUAUGAAGAGAAGACGACAUAAACAUGCCUUUAAUGCAUUCCAAAGAUUUCUGCAAGCAGUAUGUGGACGCAUUUUUCCAUUUAAGGAAGAGAAAAUGCAUUAUGUUCUGGAGAAGAAUGUGCCUUUGCAGCAGAAUAGUGUUGACUGUGGCUAUUUUGUCGCUGCCUUCAUGAGGGACAUCUUCAUGGGAGUCCCACAGAACAUCACACCAGAUAUUACAGAGUUGAGAGACACUAUUCUGUGUGAAAUACGGAAGUUUAUUUGAAGAAACUAGACAUUAAGAGCUCAAACAAUCUCAAGGAGACCCACAUAGGCAUAUUUGACAAUUUGAAGGUCUUUGAGAUGUCAGAUGUGAAGCCAUGAGAACUUGUAGAUGACUUUAAGAUAUUCAGUUAAAAUGUGACCUUAAAAAUUUAGAAAUUUACAUUUUUUAGUUUUUCAGCUCUAAUUUCUCAAAAUUGGUGCAAAAUGCUAAUAGACAGCUAAUAGAUAAUAUCUCAAAUCUUUAGAGGAAUGUAUAAUCUGACUUUCAGCCAAAAAUAAUAAUUUUUAGAUGAUGAAUUUGAAAAAUCAACUUGUUUUGCCUUUCGAAGGUCACUGAAGUCAACUUAAGGUCGAAUCUGAGGUCAGAUAUUUAAGAAAUUAUGAAUUUUGUAAAAUAAAUAAAUUUAUAACUUAAACAUGGUGUCUGUACAUCUAUUCAAUGAACC